AAAAGUUCCACGAAUUUUGUUUUGCGUAGUUUAUUAUUGCGUCAAUGUGAACAAGUUGUAAAUUUGACUAUGUUAAUUAGUUUUAGCAAUUCAUACCCAUAAACAAUAGUGUAUACGUGGUAGGCAAUGUUAGCACUUUAGACGGUUUGAAAUAUCGACAUGCCAAUUCUUGUACCACAGACACACAAAAGUCAGUCUUUUUGUAAAUCGUGUAAAAAUAUCUGAGUUUUACUGCAUUUGACUUUAGCUUGGUAACAUUUAAUACUAACUGCUUUAAAGAGUAAAGUUAAAGGAAUUUGAACAAAAUGCUUUCAUCUAAAGUUCCUGUGUUGAGCACUACAGUUAUGCGUGGUGUGUUGGUGUCAAAGUUUGGGGAUCCUGAUGUGCUGGAAAUCAGAAGAGAUUUGCCGAUUCCAAAACCAGAAGCAAAUGAAGUUCUUGUGAAAGUUGCUGCUGUAGGUGUUAAUCCUGUGGAUACAUACAUAAGGUCAGGUAACUAUGCCAGGCUGCCUGUUCUACCUUACAUACCAGGCAAUGACAUGGCAGGAACUGUUGUGUUUGCUGGGGCUGAUGUUAAGAAUGUAAAAGAGGGAGAGAGAGUUGCAUCUUUCAUGCAUGUGAAGUCGGGGGCAUAUGCCGAGUAUUGUGUUGUAAACUCAAACUGGCUUGUAUCAUUACCUGAUGAUUAUGACUUCAGGAAAGGUGCUGCCGUUGGCACUCCAUACUUUACUGCAUAUAGAGCUCUGUUCACUAAAGGAAAUGCCAAACCAAGUGAUAUUGUAUUGGUACAUGGGGCAAGUGGUGGCGUGGGAAUGGCAGUGUGCCAGUUCGCUCUUUCUCAAGGUAUAACAGUGUAUGGAACAGCUGGUUCUGAUGAAGGAAUAAAGGCAGUUCGUACACAAGGCAUCAAGAAAGUAUUCAACCAUAGAGAAGAAGGUUAUACAGAAAAAAUUAUGAAAGCAACUGGUGGCAAGGGCCCUGAUCUGAUAAUUGAAAUGCUUUCCAAUGUAAACCUUAACAGAGACCUACAGAUGCUUGCUCCCAAUGGGAGAGUAAUAAUUGUUGGAUGCAGAGGACCGAUUGAGAUCAAUCCCAGGCUAAUGAUGGGAAAGGAAAGUCGUGUUGAAGGGGUUGGACUUUUCGUCACCCCUCAGAACGAUUUUUCAAACAUGAGCAAAAUCAUAACUGCUGGAUUAAAACAGGGCUGGUUAGACCCAGCAGUGGGAUCAGAGUAUUCAUUAAAUAGUGCCGAAAAAGCACAUAAGGAUAUUAUUCAUAACAAAGGUGCUCAGGGAAAAAUGGUGCUAAUUGUUUAACAUAUUUGAACUUGCAUUGUUAAAACAGUGGUGCUGGUGGGUAAUGUAAUUAGUAUUGAAAAUAGACUUGAUUCUAGUUACCUGCCUUAAUAAGUUAAAUAUAGAUCAUUAGAUUACUAUGCAAUUACCCUGCUUUUAAUAGCUUAUUGUUUUAAUGUUUAUUACAGAUCCUAAAAGAUAGCUGCCAAAACCAAAUCAUAAUAUUAUAUAUAUACAUUUAUAGUAUACACUCCUAUAGACCUUUUCUAAACAAUUUAAAAGUGCAUAUAAAAAUAAACCAAAAGAGAAAAAAGAAUAAUUGUGCUUAUAAAGACACAUUAUUAUAAGUUAUACAAUCUUUUUGGCAUUUAGUUUUAGUUUAAAUUUAUUACACAAAACAAAUAAUAAAUAUGAGUAUGGGUGAACACUGAACUGCAUCGUUUUUUUGCA